CGCGGACCCGGUGAGCGCGCGCACUCGGCCUCAGAGCGGCGGACCGCCGGGACGGGACGGACGGGGCCGAGACCCAGAGCGCGGCGCCGGGACCUGCGCCCGAGGCCCCGACCCGCCCAGCCCGGUGUCUCUCGCUCUGCCGCGAUUGUUGAUUGGCUGCCCGACCGCCACGCUCCCGGCCUCCUGCCCGGUCCGCAGGCGAUGCUGACGGCGCCGGGCUGACUCGAGCCGACCGACCCAACCCGACCCGACCCGACCUGACCCGACCCACUGGAUCGGCCACCUCGCCGGAGCCCCCGCCCGCCGCCCCGAUGCGGCUGCGCCUCUUCCCCUUCGCGCUCGUGCUGCUCAACUGCGUGGACCUCGGGCUCGGCCAGGGCGGCCGGUGGCGCCGCGGGAAGCGAGCCAGCUACGUGUCCAACCCCGUCUGCAAGGGCUGCUUGUCUUGCUCCAAGGACAACGGAUGCAGCCGCUGCCAGCAGAAGCUGUUCUUCUUCCUGCGGCGGGAGGGCAUGCGCCAGCACGGGGAGUGCCUGCAUGCCUGCCCGGCGGGCUACUAUGGGCACCGCGCCCCGGACAUGAACAGAUGUGCACGAUGCAGAAUAGAAAACUGUGACUCCUGCUUCAGCAAAGACUUUUGUACCAAGUGCAAAGCCGGCUUCUAUGUGCACAGAGGCCGUUGCUUUGGUGAAUGUCCAGACGGCUUUGCACCCUUGGAUGAGACCCUGGAAUGUGUGGAAGGGUGUGAAGUUGGUCAUUGGAGCGAAUGGGGAACGUGCAGCAGAAAUAACCGCACGUGUGGAUUUAAAUGGGGCCUGGAAACCAGAACACGGCAAAUUGUUAAGAAGCCAGCGAAGGACACGAUGCCCUGCCCGACCAUUGCAGAGUCUCGGCGAUGCAAGAUGGCCACGCGGCACUGCCCAGGAGGGAAGAGAACGCCCAAGGCGAAGGAGAAGAAGAACAAGAAGAAGAAGAGGCGGCUCCUUGACAGGGCGCAGGAGCAGCACAGCGCCUUCCUGGCCACAGACAGAGCAAACCAAUAAGCCAGCCGGCCGGUGGCUGGGGUUUGUUUCCAUCUUUGCAGAAGUGCACAAAGCUACUCUCCACUCCUGCCCGCUGGUGCGCAGCCUUGCUGCUCUGCCGGCCUUGUUCGCAGUGGCAUCGUGAAAGCAGCACUCGGUGUGGCCUCGGGACUUAGGCUUUGAUUGACUCUGGAACCGGGCAAGCUGGAGCUCCUGACUGUGUCCGUAGCAUACAGCCUGGGACUCCCUCGGUGUGCCCAGGUGCCCUCCCGGCUCUGGGGACCUGCAGAGUGUGGCUGCAGCCACCCCUGGAGAAGCACUUGAGCCUGAUGCAGGGCUCUGGUAUCGGGCUGAGCGCUGUUCACCUGGGGCCUUUGUUUCUCAGUGUGUGCAUCUGCAAGGACAGAUAUACUGGUGACCUGCUGCAUGCAUCCCCGACCUUCACACUGCUGCACUCUGAAACUGCUGUCCACUGGGGACAAGCUGAAGAACCUGGCUGUCUCCGUGCUGCACUCGUCUGUACAACUCCGUGGCUGCCCAGAAAGCUCGCUUCCUCUGUAUUUAUGCUUUCUCAUGUGUAACAAGUCCUGCUUGAGUCAGGCCACUCUGUUCCUAGUGGUUCCUAACCAUUGUCUGGCAAAUGACCGUUCUUAGUUUUGCAGAUUGACAGAUGUUUUUGUUACUUCCUGAAACUUCUUUUGGGGGUGGGCUUAUUUCUCAUUGUAAGGCUAGGAGAGCUCCUGUCUGUAGUCACAGGACUUCGUCAGGUUCACUGUUGAGAUACCAUCCCUGCCCUGUCCUGUCCUGUUCCACAUUCAGAAGCAGCAUGUGCAUGAGACAUCAGGAGCCAAACCACCCUUGGAGUCUCAGAUGUGAAGAUUUCACAAAAUACAACCGAAAACAUGAGGAAUUCGAUGCAGUCAUCAUGCAGUGUACUUCUGACUUUGUUUUUUUAGAUUUAAAGGAAUUCCCAGCUUUCAGCUGUCAAUCUUACUGGAUGUCUGUAGAUGUUAGGGUCAGGGAACCAUGCACAGAAUGGAGAAAACAAGGUCAAUUCCUACCACUGCUGGUUAGAUCUUGACAGAUCGCCAUUGAGCCAGAAUUUAUCUCAUAUUUAAAACAGAAAAACACGACGGAAGCUUGCCAGCUGAUUUAUAGAGCAGUUGUUUCAAAAAUGCCGUUGUCACUUGGGAACCUGUUCUUAGGGGCUGUGAAUUGGCUCUGAAAACAUGACCUUCCCAGCCGACUCAGAGGAAGAUCAGAACAACAAGGCCACCAACAAAAUGGUUGUAGUUUUGAUAAUUUUUGGUACCAGGGAUCGAACUCAGGACCUUGCGCUUGUAAGGCAAGUGUGGCCCCCCUGAGCUACAUCCCCGGCCCAGUUGUAGAUUUUUGAGGAAACAACCAAAGCAACAUCCGGCUUUUCCCCUCACCUUGCAUCGGCAAAACUACCUCUUCAGUAUUUUUGUCUGACGUCUGAGUCAAAAGCAUCUUACCCAUACGUGUCAAUGUCCUGUGCAUCGUUACGGAAACAUUGCUGUGAAAUUAGAAGCCCUAUAUGAAUGUCGCAUACAACUUCAGGGUUCGCAUUCAAUCCUAAACUGCUCAUCUCCUUUCCUGUCUGCUUACCACGUGGGGUGGGGUCUCCUUUGUAUAGAGCUUCACUGUUAGUAAGUCAAUGCCUGUUCUAUUUCUGACAUGUUCUCUUCGUGCAUU